AUGACAUUAUAUAAACGAAAUGCAUGUGCGUUGGUGUUUCUUAUAUUAAGUAUAUUUUUCAAUGUGACAAUAGUUCAAGGUAAAUUUACAGAAUAUCAUAAUAAACAUCUCUCAAGAGAAUUAUCUCUUUCAAAAGAUGGUAAAGAUAAUUUAUUGCUACCAUUUGAUGUUACUAGAACACCUGGUAGUAAUAAUUCUUUAAUGAUUCAAAAUUUCAUUACUCAACAUUUUCAGACUAAUAUGAAAAAUAAUUGGACAAUUGAAUAUGAUAAUUUUCAAGAAAAUGAUUAUAAUUUUACAAAUUUAAUUUUCACAUUAGAUCCAAAAGAAAUUAGACAAGAUAAGGAUAAAAAAUAUAUUUUAUUUGCUGCACAUUAUGAUACAUUAGUUAAUAUUGAUGGAUUUAUUGGUGCAGUUGAUAGUGCAGCAUCAUGUUCGAUACUUUUAUAUUUAUCACAAUUUUUAGAUGAAAUAAUAUAUGAGGAUCAAUAUUUAAUUGAUAAGAUAGUUGAAGAUAAUGAAUAUGGUAUUAAAAUUGUAUUUUUUGAUGGUGAAGAAGCUAUUGAUGAAUGGACAGAGACUGAUUCGAUAUAUGGAUCGCGUCAUUUAGCUAAAAAAUGGUUAAAAGAUGAAACAAUGUCACAAAUUGAAUUAUUUGUAUUAUUAGAUUUAAUCGGUGGUAAACGUACAAAAAAAAUAACAGAAUGGAAAAUUAAAAGUUAUUAUAAAUCAUCACAUAAAUAUUAUCAAUUAUUAAGUGAAAUUGAAGAUAAUUAUUUAGAGAAUGAAAAUACUAUUUUUACAAAGAAAGAACUAUUUCCAACUGAUGUUUUAUAUUUGAUGAUGAAUAAAGUAUUAAUCGAAGAUGAUCAUGUACCAUUUUAUAAUGCAAAUGUAUCAAUUCUUCAUUUAAUUCCAUUCCCAUUUCCAGAAGCUUGGCAUACCAUCGAUGAUAAAUUUGACACUUUAGAUGAGGAUGAAAUUCAACGUUGGGCAAUCAUAUUAAGUGAAUUUGCCAUUGAAGUAAUCUCCGGAUAA